UCCUCUUCUCACCUGCGCGAACACUUCUGGAAGUAGGCAAGCAGGCCUCUACCUGCCCUUGGGCUCCCCAGCCUGCCUCUUUACGCUAAGCCUCAGCCCUCUGUGUGGGCAGCUGAGUGACAAACUGCUGCACCCUCCUGAAGGAAACAGGCAGAAGGAACAGCACCUCUCCGCCGCAUCGCUUCAGGAAUUCAAAAUGGCUCUCCGUUGGGGGAUCUGCUCCGCUGGGAAGAUCAGCCACGAUUUCAUCGUGGCCUUGAAGACUUUGCCGACAGUGGAUCACAAGGUGGCUGCCAUUGCUUCUCGAGACCUCAAGCGCUCUGAGGAAUAUGCCAAGCAGCAUAAUAUUCCUAAGGCCUAUGGAUCGUAUGAAGAAUUGGCAGAGGACCCUGACAUAGACGUAGUCUAUGUGGGGUCGGUCCAUACUCAGCAUCAUGCACUCGUCCUCCUCUUCCUCCGUGCGAAGAAGAAUGUCCUGUGUGAAAAACCCAUGGGCAUGAAUGCAGCAGAAGUCUGGGACAUGGUACAAGUGGCUAAAGAGAACAAUGUGUUCCUCAUGGAGGGCUUCUGGACAAGAUUCUUCCCUGUAUCCGAGCAGAUCCGCACUCUGCUAAGUAAGAAGGAUCUUGGGGACUUGAGGGUGCUUCGAGCUCAACUAGGCUUUCGGAUGGAUGACAUCCCAAGGCUGGUGGAUAAGAAACUGGGUGGAGGCGUCAUUCUGGACUUGGGCUGCUACCUCAUUCAAUUUGCAUCGAUGAUUUUUGGGCCUGAGAAGCCACAAAGCAUUACAGCCUCAGGGUUCCUACUUGAGUCAGGAGCGGAUGAAACUGUUGGCAUUGUCCUCAACUACUCAGGGAACCGGCAGGCUGUGCUUAAUUGCACCAUGAUGAUCGAUCUACCAGGAGAGGCAUUAAUUGGGGGAACUGAUGGGAUUAUCAAGAUCCCCAACCACAUGAACAGCCCCACAGUCAUGUUUCUCAAAGGAAAGCGCUGGGAAUGGCCCCUGCCAACUUCGCCUGAACCGCUGUUCUUCGAGCACGACAUUGGGCUGCGAUACGAAGCUGAACAUGUCCGGCUGUGCCUACUGAAGGGUUUGAAGGAAAGUCCUAUCAUGCCUUUACACGAGAGUGAAAUCAUAGCAACCAUCUCUGAUGAAGCACGGAGGCAAGUGGGUGUGAUCUAUGAACAAGAUCGGGUCCAAUGUAUCAACCAAUCUGAGAGCAGAAAAUAAACUUUGCACUUUUUUUGUCGGGAAAC